GUUUAAAACUUCUUUGGUUAAGAAGUAAUUGUUGCAAAAUAAAAAAACAAAAAAAUUGCUGCAGCCCAACGGAAUCAUGGUCACUUUUACAAAUAGCCACAAGAUAGGCGAAGGUCUUCCAGAAUGGCUCAAUAAUGUCACAUUGGAGAAGGCCAUAGCCCAACAGGUCGGGGAUUUCAAACGAAUCUCAAAUGUAACAACGGAAAAUGCAGCUAAACCGGGUGAAAACUUUACAUCACUUAUAAUGCACGUUACGGCGGAAGCGGAAAUGCCAGAUGGCACUACAAAGACGGCAACAUUCAUUUUAAAGGCUCAUCACGUCAAUGCAUUCAUGGCCAAUAUCUUGGAACGUCUACGUUUGUUUGCGAGAGAAGAAGAAAUCUAUCAAAAAAUUUUGCCCAAAUUUGAGCAUUUGUAUAGUGAGGUUGGUAAGACGGUACAAUUUGCUCCCAAAGCGUUUGUCUUUGAUCGAGACAUGGGAGUGGACUAUGUUCUCUUGGAAAAUUUAAAAAUGAAGCAAUACAAACAUGCCCAUCGUUUGGAUGGUUUAGAUAUGGAUCACAUGAAGGAGGUUCUGAAAAAAAUAGCAGAAUUUCAUGCAGCCUCUGCUUGCUAUGUGGAGCAUUAUGGCAUGUUUGGAGAAGAUUUCACCGUUGGUCUGUUUAAUGAGAAAAACAAAACUUUGCUCAAGGAGUUCAAUGCGUCGGGAGCCUUCCUGAGCCAAUUGAAAAAGUGGAAAAAUGGUCAACAGUACUAUGAUAAAUUGGCCGAUUCGGAUAAGUUCCUGGUGGACCGUCUUUUAGAAGAUCAACGUGUCAAUAGCCGCCAGUUCAAUGUCCUCAAUCACAGUGAUCUGUGGACCAAUAAUAUCAUGUUCCAAUAUGAUGCUUUUGGAAAAAUCAAAAAUACCCUGCUUGUCGAUUUUCAAAUGAGCAAAUAUGGAUCCCCAGCCUACGAUCUUUACUAUUUGAUAUUGUCAUCGGCCAAAAAGGAUAUCAAACUGGCCAAAUUUGACUACAUGAUUCGUUUCUAUUAUGAUAAUUUAAUUGAAAACUUAAAGCUAUUACAAUAUCAUCGCCCUUUGCCCAAGUUGCAUAGUAUCCAUGCAACUCUCUUUAGAAAUGGUUUAGCAGCAUAUAUGGUUGUUUCUAAAGUACUACCCCUUGCCAUGUUGGAUAAAACCGAUGAUGUCAAAUUGGAAAACUAUACAGCAGAUGAGUCCAAACUGAAGUCAGAUAUGUUUGGCAACCAGAAGUAUUGCGCAGCCAUGACGGAGCUCUUGCCAUGGUUGGAUAAUCGUGGUCUCCUAGAUUGGAAGUAA